AUGGAAAAGAGUCAUGUCGACCCCGAUGGGGCGCUCUUCUCUGCCUCCAAGCUGCCCGACCAUGCUGUACUGCCAGCAGACGAUGCGCUGUCCCGCGAAUCUGAUAUCAAGAAUGGACACCCGACCGUCACUCAAUCCGAAGACAGCGAGGAGGAGAGAGACGAUGUGGUCAUCGCGACCGCAUCCUAUGCAGCUUUCCACUUACUGCCGAUGAGGGAUGAUUUCGAGAACCCUUUGACGUUCCGCAGCAUGUUCUUGGCCACGGCACUGUCAGCUUUCCAGGCUGUCAUGACCCAGAUCUAUCAUUUCAAACCCACCGUCGUCACCAUCCAAGGCACCUUCAUCGUGCUGAUAGCCUAUUUCGCUGGCGGAGCCUGGGCCAUGUUCUUGCCACGCGGCGAUGUAUACGAGGCACGAUGGAAAGCCCGAGGCGGUCAAGGCAAACUGCCACUCUGGAUCAGCGUGCUAUGCUUCUUCAACUACGGCCCAUGGACACUAAAGGAACAUGCAAUUGCGGCCAUCACUGCCACGGCUGCCUCCAACGCUUCCGCGACUUGCACCAUAUUCGCCGCACAAAAGCUGUUUUAUGACCUACCCAUCAGUGCCGCCACGGUCAUCCUGAGCAUCAUUUCAAUCGGUCUCUUCGGGUAUGGUCUCACUGGAUUGUUCCGACCUAUUUGUGUGUAUCACGUUGAAGCGGUAUACUGGGGUACACUGCCUACAGUGAAGACAUUGCAAGGUCUGCACUGGCAAGAAGUUAAGAGCUCGAAGCCUCUUCGCUGGUUUUGGUACAGCUUCGUGGGCAUGUUCUUCUACGAAUUCCUCCCGUCGUACAUUUUCCCGUGGCUCAAUUCUGUCUCGAUCCCGUGCUUAGCUGCAAUGCGUGCUACAGGACCCAAGGCCGAAACUUUGACCAGGUUCUUUGGCGGAGCGACUAACAACGAGGGCUUGGGAUUGUUCAGUCUGUCGUUUGACUGGCAAUAUAUCACAUCUUACCAAACAUCGCUACCAUUGAAGUUACAAGCAAAUGCCGCAGUUGGUUUCUUCACCUGCUUCAUUAUGAUGAUCAUUAUUUGGUACGCGAAUAUUUGGGACGCCAAGUCUUUGCCGUUCAUGUCUACAACCUUACGAUCUGCCGACGGAUCCAGCUAUCCCAUUUCCAAGGUCUUCAAAAAUGGCAUACUCGACAAAGCAGUCCUUGCUGAACAGGGUCUGCCCAGGUUGGCGGGCAGUUUCGCGUAUGCUGUGUUCAUGGCAAAUGCUGCGAUUGGCGCACUCAUCACCCAUGUCGCCUUGUUCUGGGGAGGUGAUAUCGUCAGAGCAUACAAGGAGUCGCGGACAGACGUUUCCGGCGACCGCCAUCACCAGCACAUGGCAAAGCACUACAAGGAAUGUCCGUGGUGGUGGUAUACCAUUGUCCUCGUGGGCAGUUUCGUGCUUGGUACUAUCGUUGUCGUGAAAGAGAACAUCACUUUGCCCUUUUGGGCGUAUUUGGUGUCACUGCUUACGGCCGUGAUCAUUGCUCCCAUUAGCACCAUCCUCUAUUCCCGGUAUGGCAACGGCAUUGCCACUAACAAUCUGUCGAAAAUGAUUGCUGGUUUCGUACUCCCUGGUCGACCGAUAGGAAACAUGUACUUUGCAGCAUGGUCUCACAACUUGAUCAUCAACACCGUCAACCUGUCCAACGAUCUCAAGAUGGGCGAGUAUCUCAAAAUUCCUCCCCGAGUCAUGUUCCUUACCCAAAUCUGGGGCACCGUAUUCGGCGGUUUCAUCAACUACGCCGUCAUGAUCUCAAUCGUAACAAGCCAAGAAGAUCUCCUCGUCAACGGCAAUGGCGACUCUACCUGGAGCGGCGCCUACAUCCAAUCCUACAACACGAAUGCCGCUUCCUGGGCUCUGUCCGAAUAUCUCUACAAAUCUGGCGGCCGAUAUUACAUGGUCACUGUGGCAAUCGCCCUCGGAGCCGCCGCUGUCGUGCUGCAUCGCAUCUUUGUCCAUUUCAUCCCCCGCAUCCACAACAUCUCCACCUCCUCCCUCAACCUCCCCCAAUUCAUCCAAUACGCCGGCUUCGUUCCCUACAACGCCUCUCAAACCUGCGUAAUCUUCAGCCAAAUCCUCUCAGGUUUCUUCGUGCAAUACUUUCUCCGCAACUACCGGCCGAAAUUUUUCAAGAAUUUCUCGUAUCUUGUGACGGGAGCUUUUGAUGGUGGAGCGUUGUUUGCGUUGUUUAUACUUUCGUUUGCGGUGUUUGGGGCCGGAGGGAAAUCGCAUCCGUUCCCGACUUGGUGGGGAAAUAAUGCGAGUGGGAAUUAUGAUCAUUGUCCUGUUGCGGAAUAG